CCUUUCCUACACACUUCAUCAUACCUUGCACCUUAACUCAUUCACUCACCCCAUCCCUACCAUAAUGCCAUACCUCUCCAGAUUCCCUAUGCAAAAUACACAAAGCUGAUUGCCCAGCACUUGCAAGCACAAAACUGAGAGAGAGUCAAAAAAGACAGCAGAUUACAGAAGAGAGAUAGAGAAAGGAGAGAAGAAUUUUGUUGUCUUCUCAACUUCCUUCCCUCACCCCAGUGUGUGUUCUGUGUGUGUUUGUGUGCAAGGCCCUUAAAAGGCUCAAACACACAAGAACAUACAAGAAGCAAAAAGGGUAAAAAAAAAACACACACACACACACAGUGGCACACACUGACAUAAUACUGCAUUUUCUUCUUUCUUAUCCAUCCAUCAAUCUAGAAAGAAAGUAUUAGUGUGGAGUCUUGGACUCCUCAGCCCCAGACUGACCAAUACUACUGCUACAACAAGUUGAGGAAAAAAAGAAAAUGAGCACUGAGAAAGAGAAGGAGAAAGAGAGGAAAAUGUUUGUUGGGGUGGUUUGGAAUUGUGCUGCUGAGCUCAAAUAUCUCCUCACUGCUCUUCUCUUCCUUUGCUCUUUGGUCACCAUUCUUCAGUUCCUUCCUACUCGUUUCUCCCUCUCGGCUUCAGAUCUCCGACCUUGUCUCUCCUCUCCCACCGCUCCCACCAUCGUCACAGCCACCGCCACCGCCACCACCGCUACUGUUUCUUUAUCAGAAGACAGGAAUAAUACUACCAACGCCACGACCACCGCUACUGCCCCUGCUGCGGCAGAUGCGCCCACAGAUGUCAUACUACUCCGGCAACCAGCACCUCCAGCGAUGGAGAAAGACCAAGUUCUUGAAAAUGGGAUUAUCAAGAGAGCUUUUAACCCGUUCGGCUCUGCUGCAUACAACUUCAUUCUCAUGUCGGCGUACAGAGGCGGCCCCAACACUUUUGCCGUCAUGGGUUUGGCGUCGAAGCCUCUCCAUGUUUUCGGCAAGCCUUCAUAUCGAUGCCAGUGGGUUCCAUUUGGCGGCAGUGGAGCCGAGGAAAAUGUUGAGAAUCAAGAACCCAUUGUCACUGACGGCCAGAAAAUCCUUACUGAUUGGGGAUACGGCCGGGUUUACACGGUUGUCGUAGUGAAUUGCACCUUUUCAGCUCCGGUUAUUGGUGGUGGUAGCGGGGGUGGAAAGCUGCUCCUCCACGCAGCCACCAACGGCGGUGGGGAUACCAAUUUUAAUCUGACAGAUACUAUAGAGGCAUUAACUGAAUCAGGUGAAGAUUUGAAGAAUUUCAACCAAGUCUACAGUGCAAAGCCCAAGUAUGACUAUUUGUAUUGUGGGUCAUCUUUAUAUGGGAAUUUGAGUCCGCAGAGAGUGAGGGAGUGGUUAGCUUACCAUAUCAGGCUAUUUGGUGGGAAAUCCCAUUUUGUUAUGCAUGAUGCAGGGGGCGUUCAUCCAGGGGUGAUGGAAGUAUUGAGGCCUUGGAUGGAAAAGGGAUACGUGACUUUGCAUGAUAUCAGGGAACAAGAGAGAUUUGAUGGCUACUAUCAUAAUCAGUUUUUAGUUGUGAAUGAUUGCCUGCAUAGGCAUAGAUAUAUGGCUAAGUGGAUGUUUUUCUUUGAUGUGGAUGAGUUCCUUUUUGUUCCCAAGAAGAGUACUCUCAAAACUGUCAUGGAUUCGUUUUCGGAGUAUACUCAGUUCACCAUCGAGCAGAUGCCCAUGUCCAACAAGCUUUGUCUAGCUGAGGAUGCUGGUAAAUCAUACAGGAAAUGGGGAUUUGAGAAGUUGGUGUACAAGGACGUGAAAAGGGGAAUCAGGAGAGACCGCAAAUAUGUCGUGCAACCGCGUAAUGUGUUUGCGACAGGGGUUCACAUGUCGCAGAACACGGUGGGGAAGACAACCCACAAGACAGAAGGGCGGAUCAUGUAUUUCCAUUAUCACGGGACCAUCGCCGACCGCCGAGAACCAUGCCGGAGAUCGGUCAACACCACAGAUAUCACCAUUGACGGUAUUCCUUAUUCCUUGGAUACUUCCAUGAGGAUUGUUGCCGGUUUUGUGAAAAGAUUCGAGCUCAAGAUGAUUGGUUCUGUUUUACAAAGAACACGGCAAUGAUAUAUUAUAUAUAUGGGUCAAUAGAGGCAUUUUCCUUCCCACAUUGUAUGAUCUAUUUAUUUUUUUGGUCCCAUUUUAGUUGGAGUUCUUUUACUGUAUGAUAGUUUUCUUUUCUUUUUUUUUUUUUAAAAAAAAUAAACUAUAGAGCUGCAUAUAGAUUUAAGGAGGAGGAGGAGGCCUGUAUAUGUUUUGGUAUAGAAGAGGACUUGGUUAAAAGGGGUUUGUAUUCUUUUUGUCUUUAUUUAUUCAUCCCUCCUUGAUUAAUUUGCCUAA